ACUACGCUUCCCAGAGGCCUCUGCGGCUUCUCCACCGGAAGCGGCGGGCGAACCGACUGUCCUUCCGCGAGGAAUCGAGAGACUAUGGUGUCCCGAGUGUGGCCGAUGAUGAGGUUUCUCAUCAAGGGGAGUGUAGCUGGGGGAGUGGUCUACCUGGUGUACGACCAGGAGCUGCUGGGGCCCAGCGACAAGAGCCAGGCAGCCCUUCAGAAGGCGGAGGAGGUGGUCCCCCCUGCCAUGUACCAGUUCAGCCAGUACGUGUGUGAACAGAUGGGCCUGAAGAUACCCCAGCUCCCAGCCCCUCCAAAGUUUAACUUCCACAUCCGUGAUUCCUGGAAUUCAGGCAUCAUUACGGUGAUGUCGGCCCUGUCUGUGGCCCCUUCCAAGGCCUGUGAAUACACCAAGGAGGGCUGGGAAUACUUGAAGGAGCGAAUCAAGUAGCCUAUCAGAGGAGGUUGCCUUUCCUGGUGGGAAUGGGCAUGGAUGCCCUGGACCUCAAGGCUUCAGAGUGGGACCCCAAUCCAAGGGCAGUUCCUGGCCUUGCCAGCCCAAUAAAAGACUUUGGAAGUGUU